UUCUCCGUGUUUCCCUUUUAUAAGAGAAUAGGAAACACAAUUGUGGCAUCAUUUAAAAAGUGUAGCCUUAGAUACAAUAGAAAUCACUUAUAAACCGUAGCCUUAUGCUGAUAUCUAUGGAUACACUUUUCAUACCAAAGGAAGAGCUUUUAAAGAGUAACAUAUUUGUUAUAUUUUGAGUGCACUUUAAAAGCGUAGCCUAAUGUAUCUAGGCCAAAUGCACCCAAACACUUAGUAAUUUUUCUUUUCCUUAUCACCAAAUCACACUCACCUUCGAACACCCUCACUUUCGCCAUCUGAUCAGGAAAAGUUUUGCCCCUCACCUUCGUAAAUCACCUUCGAAUUAAUUGUUCAAAACCCUAACCCUAACACACCCACACACUCACACUUAUUCUCACCAUCACUCACCACCGCCACUACGCCCCCUUUCACACACACACACACACCCAGAUCCGAGAGAAAGAGUGAACCAGAGGGAGGAGAGGAGGGAGACGGAGAUGAGAGAGCGCGAUCGAGAGAAUAGAGAGUGAGAGGGGGUCACUGCCGCAACGUCGCUGCAGCCGCCGCCAUUGCCGUCGCGGAGCAGGGAGCCCGGAGGGGAGAGAGAGACAAUUUGCAGACGAGAUGGAGAGAGAGGAUGAAGAUGCAACGCAAGAGAGGAGGCUGUUCCGCCAUGCACUGUCAUCGCUCCUGGGGUCGAUUGAAGCCGCCGCCGCAGCUAGGGCUUGCCGUGCUCCUGCAACAAUAUAUUUUAGAAGUUGUAUUGGACUGGAAGAGAGGGAAGGGGAGCGUUUGAACUUUCAAUUUCAUUAAUUUUUGUUGAAUUUCUGUGCCUGUGGGUGAAUACUGGAUUGUGAAGGAUGGUUAGGAUUGUGAAUGCAGAAGUUUAGACCUCUUCAUAUAUGGGAACAAUGUUGAUCGAUUCCUGAAUUGGAGCACUAGGUUCCAAAUUGUUCUAGGCGUGGCAAGGGAAUUACAGUACUUUCAUGAGGAUUCACAUCUAAGAAUUGUUCACCGAGACAUCAAAGCAAGCAACAUUCUUCUUGAUCAUAAGUUUUAUACCAAGAUUGGAGACUUUGGCCUUGCCAGGUUCUUCCCUGAAGACCAAGCUUAUCUUAGCACACAAUUCGCUGGAACAUUGUUUAGUUAUUAAGUAAUUGAGCUGAGCUGUAAGUUUGACAAAUGAAAUGGUUUCCUACCAGCGCCAAAAGGGCUGUUUUCGCCGGAGCCAGAACAUUAUCAAGGACCAAAGCUGAAAGUUUCCAUCAUUGGAGCUGGGCUUUCUGGCAUGUCAACUACAGUGGAACUCUUGAAUCAAGGACACGAGUCCCAGAAGAAUACACAGGUGUUGCAGAAACUGAUUUUCUGACUUCAAGUGUAGUUUGUGGCGUCUUCAACAAAAAUUUGGGUAUGCUCGUGAACUAUCUUUCAACAUUCAAUAAGACUUUAUCUUGGAGCAAAAUUUGGUGGCUCACCCAGCACCACCAGCGUCUACUGUCUUUGCCGCCGCUCCUCUGUUUCACAAAUUCCUUUUCUUUGAUUCUGCCUGCUGCUCUUCUGUCCUGUGCUAUCCGGGGCUGUUAUUUCCAACAAGGUAUGGAGGUUAAGAUGGAAAUGAAGGUGGAAGAUGCAUAUAGGAAGUCAAUGGAGACAGUGUUGAAUUGGAUACAAGAUACUGUAAAUCUUAACAAGAGUCAAGUUUUCUUUCGUAUAUAUGCACCCGUGCACUUCAGAAGUGGAGAUUGGAGAAGCUAUGGAAGUUGUCAUUUGGAAACACUGCCAGAGCUUAACAUGUCAUUGGUGCCUAAUGAUAACUGGUCACAAUUCAAAAUAGGCAAUUCAUUGCUAUCAUCACACAAAAACAACACUGAACUUGUCAAGUUGAAAAUAUUGAAUAUAACAGAGAUGACAGCUCAGAGAAAAGAUGGACACUCAUCAAUCUACUAUCUUGGUCCGAAUGGCGGCACGGCAGCACUCCAUCGGCAAGAUUGCAGCCACUGGUGUCUGUUGGUGUACCUGAUACAUGGAAUGAGCUGCUUUAUGCAAUGUUCAUGAAACAUGAAGGCUUCUUAUAGCAAGGAACUUCAAAGAGUCAUGGAAGCAUUAUAUACAUCAAUUCUUUUUUAUUUGUCUUGGGCAGCAAGGACUCACAAAUUGUUCUCAGCAGUCUCAAAAAGAGGCUAACAUGUAGAAUAGAAUUAUGUAUUUAUUUAAAGAAAUUAUUUAGUAUAAUUAUGUAUUUAUUUUUAUUUUAUAAUAUUCAAUUCAUUCAAAUAAA